AGAACGGGGUGGUGUGGCACUGGGGCGGCGGAGAUAUAGUUUGUAAUUUGUGUGCCGUUGCUGUUCGAGGCCAUUUUGCUAAUGUUUAUUUAGAAUUGAAAAUUCGUAAUCGUGUUCAGUGUUUAAUCACCGCGUUCCCUGGAGUUUCAUACCGGAAUACUCCCUCACACCUCUGUCAUCCGCACGCGCAUUGGUGAUCGACACGAUGGCUUACAGAUCUAGUCGUGGUGGUUUUGGCAAUACGAGAGGAGGAAAUCGUGGGACUUCUUACAAUUCAAAUUAUGGCAGUCCAAGAGGUAGUCGUGGUGGAAAUAAUUACAACGACAGUUACAGAAGCCGAGGUAAUAGUUCAUUUCGUGGGUCUCGGGGAGGCAUUCGAGGAAAUAGUGGAUCUUGGUCCGGUAAUUCACCAUCAACCGGUGGUUAUAGCAGCAUGAAUCGCAACAAUGCAUCUAACUGGUCAUCUCAAGGAGAUUCUAAUUAUGAAUCAAGAAACCGCUAUUCUGGUAAUAAUGAUCGAUAUUCAAGUAGUCAUAAUGAUGACUAUAGGCGAUAUAAAGAGGGUGGAAGAAGUCACAGAGACUCAGACAUGGGUGGAUAUUCAAGUUCCGGUGACGACUUUGGCCGUUAUAGUAGUGGUGGUGGUGGUGGUGGUGGAGGAGGUGGUGGUAGCAGCAGUUAUGUUGAAGAACGUAGUAGCAGAUCAUCCUAUGUUCCUGAUAAUAACUAUGGAGGAAGUAGCAGUUACAGAGGCCGUGAGAGUUCACGUGACUAUGGCUCAGAUUUUCGUAAGCCAUUACCUCCCGAUGAUGAUCGUUCUUCACCACCAUCCCCAAGAUAUUCUGGCCCAUCAAAUAGAGGCAGGGGUACUAGGGGAUUCCGUGUUGCUGAAAGACCUGGUAUGAGGGGUAGAUCUACUGCUAACGUGUCUUAUAGAGGAUCAUUUGGAGGUAGUACAGGACUUCUCAAACGCAAACGACUUGAACCUACACCAGCUUGGCGCACAAAUCCUAUUCGUAAAGGAUAUGAUAUGGCCAAUAGAAGGAUACAUACAGUCAAAAGAACUAGUAUGCGAGAUCAUGAUGAUUAUCGUGCAAGAAAAAUUGCAGAAUUCAGGGAAAAAACUCGGCAACUUCGUGAACGUGUAAGGUCUCCAUCAUUGGACGAAGAAGAAGUAGAAGAGGAAGUGGAAGAAGAAGUAGAGGAAGAAGAAUCAGUCAAUGAUGAUGAAGGAGAAAGACCUGAGGAUGAUGCUGAAAAAAAAGAUAAAUUGCCCAAAAAGAAAAAGAAAGUUAUUAAAAAAGUAAUGAAAAUUGUUAAAAAAAAAGUGAAAAAACAAAAACUAAAUGGCGAAGUAUCUAAAUCUGGUUCUGGAGAUAAAACUUCGCCUCGAAAAAAUGAAAACAACUUGUUAGAUUCUAGAGGAGAACCAUUUAUUAAACUAUUGUGUCCACAUUGUGAAGUAACCUGCAAGACUUUUAGAGAAUAUGAGAUACAUUUACUGAAAAUACGUCAUCGCACUGCAAUGUCUCAAUUAGCUCGUAAACGUAAGCAUGAAUUAUUUAUGUUUCGUCAGGAUCAACGCAAAGAACAAAAGGAAAUUGAUGACAAAGCAACAGAAGAAGAUCCAAAAACUGAUAUUAACUAUUGCAAAUUAUGCCAAUUAAAUUUCAAACAACCUAAAAGUGAUCACUUUAGUAGUAUUUUGCACAAAAAAAUUAAACAAUUUCUACAACCAGCUUGUAAUGUUUGUCAUUUGAUGUUUGCCUCGCCAAUGCGUUAUGAACAUCAUUUGUGCAGCACUAACCAUUUAAAGAAAGUUGAUAUUUAUGAUCGCCGAACUAAAAGAAUGGCUGCUGUUCCUAGUGCAGAUGAAGCUGAUGGUGAUGUGGAUAUGGACAAUUUUAUGGUUUUGGACUCAGUUGGAUCUGGUGAUGAUGAGGGAUCAGAAGAAGGUGAAAAUGCUCAAGAUAAUAAAGAUGAUGGAAAAAAGAAAUCUAAGUCUAAAAAAGAAAUUAGCCUAGGUAAAGAAUUUUGUAAAAAAGUUGAAGUAUAUUACUGUGAACUGUGCAAAUUCAAUUUACCCCCACAUGAUGAUGUUGAACAGCAAUUGAGUUUACAUUGCCGAAAUCGCGUACAUUUACAGCGAUAUGUGCAACAUUGUGAAAAAAAUAAAGCUCAAGAAAAGACUGCCGAAGUAGUUAGCAAAGAAUGUACUGAUGAAACAAAAUCAGACAGCGACUCCUCUAACAAAGGUGUUGGAAAUGAGGAUAAAAAUGAAACUUCAGACAACGGUGAUGAUUUAUCAAGUCUAAAUAUUCAACAAGAUGAAGAAAUGAAAAAUGAAUUUGAUUGGGCUUCAUUGGACACUGUCAUCGAAGUUAAUAAAAGUAUAGAUGACUCCGAUAAUGAAAAAUCUAUAGGCGAUUCCGAAUCUAAAUAAAAUUUUUCAAAGUAAUGGAAUGUAAUCACCACAUAGAAUUAUUUACAACUAUUCAAAUAAUAAGUCAUUUAUCUGUUGUCCAUAAUUAAUUUUCUACAAGACAAAUAUAUUAUUACUAUUGUUUCCUUUUAAACAUUUGUGAAGUAUAAUUGUUUUUUAUAUUCAUCAUCAAAUUAAUAAUCUGUAUGUUUUUAAUAGUAUGUAUGUUAGUAGUGCUAAAGUUAUGUGUAAUUUUCUGCCAACUAUUAAUUAGUGUUAAGCUUUUUAUAAUUUUAACUAUAAACUUAUAAUUUUAAUGUAAUCUAUUUUUAGGUAAUAAUGAAAUAAAAAUAAAUAGAAGUCCAUGUUCUUGUUUUAGAAAACUAAUGUUUUGUUAACCUUACACAAACAAAUUUUAAAAUAAAAAAGUUUACAUUAAAGCCUUGGUUCUCAACCAGUAUUUCAUUGAUUAAUAAUGUGAUAUGUAGCCAAAAAAAUUGUCUUAUUUUAUUUUUAAUGAAAUAAAUGUAUAUUAAAUAUUUUUUUUUCAAAAUCCAUUAAUUGAUGUAAGUUUAUUUAAAUUUAAGUUCUUAUUAAAAAGUUGAGAACCACUGCAUAUAGUACCAUUGUAUAAAUAUCUGAUUAUUUAUUUUACAAAAGAUUAAAUUAGAUUUAUUUAUUUAUUCAUAUGACUAUUAAAUUAGAUGAUUUGAUGUAUUUGUGACUUUUUGUAAGGGAUAUUCCAAAAGAGCCUUCAAAGACUUGAUAUAAGUACAGUCAGUUCAAAAAGUUCCUGAACUAUCAUUCCUAAAAAUAAACAAAUUACAGUACCAUAAAUGUUAUUAGAUUAAAAUAAAAUAGAAAUAACCUGCUAUAUUUUCAAAUAAAUGAGAAAUUUUGAUUGCUAUCUAACUAUUUAGCGUAGACUCGUGUGUAUUGUAUGAUUUUUAAAUAAAUAAUAUUCACGAACAACGAA